CUAUCUUCGAAAAGUUAUUCUACAUAGAUUAUUAUGCUGCCUAUUAAACAUAUGUUGAAUAAUCUCUUUCUUUGUGAUUAGGAUUUCUCAAUAACCUUUCGCAAGAAACAAGAAGUCAUGAUUAUGAUGUUGAUACUCUUUCUUCAUUAGUAUCAACUGAAUCUUCUGAAGGUGUAACUCAAAAGCAAUCUUGGAGCGAAAGCACAACAACUAUCUGUGAAAGUCCAAAACAAAUGUCGUUAAAUACAACUAUUGCUUGCGAAAGUCCAAAACAAAUGUCGUUAGAUACAACUAUUUGCGAAAGUCCAAAACAAAUGUCGUUUUCGAGCAAAGAUACAACUAUUUGCGAAAGUCCAGAACAAGCGUCAUUUUCGACAUGGGUGUGUAAAAGUCCAAAACCAAUAACGUCUUCGAAUGAAAGUACGACACUUGUGUUUGAUAAAAAUCAAAAACCAAUGUC